CCCUUUUGCAUUGCCAGCAGUGUGUCAGGCAGCUGUGUAGACGCAAUGACACAUAGAUAGGUGGUUGUCAUGGUUUCCAGGGGUCACAUGUGCGCUGGCAGCUCGUCUUUGUGCGGAGGUCUGAGUCUGUGCCAUGCAGAUCCGGGAUUAGAGGAUUUGGGUUUAGUAUUGUGGCCCCCCACCGAUUUCCUGUGACGGGGAGUAGAGAAGCUGCGGCGUGGGAAGGUAUUGUGCAUCACUGAUGUAAUUAAAGGGAGAGCUGAUGUAGUGAGGAGUCCUGGAUUAGUGUCUCCUCCUCCUCCUCCUGGUGUGUGUCUCCUCUCUGGGAAGCAGGACCAUUAAAUCCUCAGGAUUGUCUUCCCUCCUGCAGAGAAGCCGUCUGGAUCCACUAACCUGGCAUUUACUAUGGACUGAGCAGCACUGCAGCUUCCUGUCUAUUGUCCCUCAUUCACCUGCAUGUUAACCAUACACACUUGUACCUGUAUGUGUCUUCUAAUGAGUCCUUCUCCAGUAUUGGUGUCCAUUGAAGGACUAUAAUGAGCCCACCUUAGUAGUGAACCUAUGUUUUGAUGCCAUUGUCCCCUGUGUUGCAUUGGUUGUCUCCUCUCCUCCGCACCCCCUAUGUGUCUGUUCAUUUCUCCAACCCUUACCUGGACAAUCUGGAUGUGGCUGCCCACAGAGGAGCAUUGAUUGCAGAUUGCUAUAAAUAAACACAUACCUCCACCUACCUACUCUCAUUUGUUUAGAUCUUUAUACAUACCCCCCUCCCCCCCCCUUUUUUUUUAUUUUUUCGUAUUUUUUUUGUACUUGUUGCCUAAAUCCCUAAUUUGACCAUUGGCCCCAGGAAUGAGUAUAGAAAUCCCAGAGGGGCUGACGGAGCUGCUGCAGAGCUUUACAGUGGAGGUGCUGAGGAAGCAGCCUGAAGACUUGUUGGAAUUCGCCCUGCAGUAUUUCACCCAGCUGAAAGAGUCGCAGAGCCAGGGGGCCACCCUAAGUCAUGGCAUGGACUUACCUUUCAGACACUCCAAAGGGGUCAACUUCGCCGAUGAGCCCAUGCAAACCGACAGCGAGAACGGCGACGAAGAAGACGACGAUGAAGAGGAAUUUGUAGCUCCUGUAAUAAGCAGAUUCUCAAGACGCGCAUCUGUAUGUGCUGAAGCAUUUAAUCCAGAUGAAGAAGAUGAUGAAACAGAAAAAAGGAUUAUCAAUCCAAAAACAGAUGAUCAGCGACAAAGACUGCAAGAAGCUUGCAAAGAUAUCCUUCUGUUCAAGAGCUUAGAUCAAGAACAGAUGUCUCAAGUACUAGAUGCCAUGUUUGAAAAACAGGUCCAAUGCGGAGACCACAUAAUUGAUCAAGGGGAUGACGGGGACAACUUUUAUGUUAUUGACAGGGGAACGUAUGACAUUUAUGUGAAGAUAGAUGGUGAGGAAAAAUGCGUUGGUGGCUACGAUAACCGAGGAAGCUUUGGGGAGUUAGCUUUAAUGUACAACACACCAAGAGCUGCUACAAUUGCUGCCACAUCUGCUGGAACAAUAUGGUGCAUGGAUAGAGCAACUUUCCGGAGAAUAAUUGUUAAAAACAAUGCCAAAAAGAGAAGAACGUUUGAAAAUUUUAUAGAGUCUCUACCAUUCUUAAAGUCUUUAGAUGUAUCAGAACGCUUAAAGGUGGUGGAUGUCAUUGACACCAAAAGCUACAGUGAUGAAGAACAAAUCAUUGCGCAGGGAGAUGGAGCAGAUAGUUUUUUUAUUGUAGAAUCUGGAGAAGUCAGAAUAACCAUGAAAAGCAAGAGUAAAGCAGAUUCUGAAGACAAUGAAGCAGUUGAAAUCGCUCGUUACUCCAGAGGGCAGUAUUUUGGAGAACUUGCCUUGGUGACCAACAAACCCAGAGCUGCCUCAGCAUAUGCUGUUGGUAGCGUAAAAUGUUUAGCUAUGGAUGUUCAAGCCUUCGAAAGGCUUUUGGGACCCUGUAUGGAAAUUAUGAAAAGAAACAUUGCAAAUUAUGAAGAACAGCUGGUUGCACUAUUUGGAACAAAUAUGGACAUUUCUGAUUCAAGUUCAUGAGUGGAAGAUGCCAAUGUGGAAGACUGGACAAAAAUAGAAACCAUAGCACAGUAGUGGUCAGUCCACUAAGAAUGUGUCAGUUUUUGUGUAGAUGCCAAGCAUAUUCUGUGAUUUUUUUUUUUUCUCUUUUUCUUUUUUUUUUAAUAGCUUCAUUAGUGGCUGGAAAGCUUGCAGUCCUUAACUGCUUUGCAACAGCUUGCUGAUUACACUGAGGGUUUUUAAACUUUUCAUUUUUAAUUUUUUUUGUAUUGUUAUCUAUUAUUUACAGGUAUGCCGGUAAAGAACAUUGUGAUUUUAUAGACUUGAUUUGCAAUAUUUCCUAAGCAUUUAGGGUCUAAAAACUCGGAGAUCAAAUUUAGAUGACUCUGCAUCUUUCCAAUACAAUAUAGUUGUACAGCUUCUAGAUUAAAUACUGUACAUGUGCUGUUUUAGGACAGUCAGAUGUUAAUGGCUUACCCCAAGUACAGAACUCUGCAAUUCUAUUACCCAGAUAGGCUUAGCAUGUUGUAUUUUUUGCAUUGGCCCUUUAAGACUAAAACUGAAUACAGAAUGAGCCAGUAAGCAUGCCAGUACCAUUUCACUGAAAUGUGUAAUGUGUGUUUUUAUAUUGUGGCACUUUUUAAUAAUUGCUUUAUUUCAUGCAGUUUUUUUUUUAAA